AUGGCAGAAGUCCAGCAACAGCUUCAAGCUCUCAGUGCCGAAUAUCAAGCAGUUCAGCAAGGUACCCUUAUGCGCCGUCAUGGGAGUGAACACAAAAAUCUAAUUUUCUGUGCAGAGCUUCAGAACCAUGUAAACUCACGGCAGAAACUCGAGUCCCAGCAACAAGAAAACCGCGCCGUUCAGAAGGAAUUUUCAGGCCUGGCAGAUGACGCGAAGAUCUAUAAAUUGGUUGGGCCUGUGCUCUUGAAGCAGGAGAAGACCGAGGCGGUACUGGCGGUGGACGGACGGCUCGACUACAUUGUGAACGAGAUCAAGAGGGUUGAGAAACAGAUCAAGGAUACCGAGGAUAAGAGUGAUGCUGUUAGAUCAAAGAUAAUACAGGUUCAGUCACAAGCGCAGCCACAGGAUCAGGGUUCGCAAGCUCAAGUUGCAGCAUAA